GUUGCAACCAUACCACCAACAAUGCCACGAAGUGAGAGAAGACAACCCGCUAGGAAUUCCUAUUCGUGGAAAUUCUCCAAGACUGAUCUACACGACUUAACUUGGACACAAAAUAUCUAAGUGGUACGACAAGUAUGCUAGACCCCUAGUAUAUAUCUGUGUUUACUUUCAUUCUUUCCAAGAAGCUCGUAGUCACUUGACACGAUGGUAACAUUUCCUCCGAUGUGAGAAUAGCUUGGCAAUUCCUUGGCUACUGAACAAAGCUUCAUUUCAAGUUAUUUCGUAUCCAGGGCAAAAAACCCCAUUCUUAAAUGUUCAUCAUAGCAUCAACGUAGUAUCGCCACGCCGGCGGCAAUUGGUUUCGCGCGUGCACACGCGCUCAGCUCGUCGAUCGGUUUCCUAUACCCCGGAUUUUGCUUUCGACGUAGUAAUAGGGGUGGAUAAAGCUGGCAAGAGGGGUAAAUAAGGCGAAUGGAGAUGGUAUGAUGACUUGUGUAUCUAUCCGCGCCAGUCGGCUGGUAGAAGAUGUCUUACCUAUCGGAUCCCCACACGCUUCAAAUAUGUGUAUAAAGGUGAUAUAGGGGCUACACCUUUGCGGUGUCCAAAAGUUCAACUCGGUGUCGUUAUAUCGUUCUCCUGCCGAUACAAGUUCUACCUAAGACAAGGUGCCAGAUACUUGAGCAUCUUUCGACAGUGCCAGUCUUUACACGGCCCGGUUUAACAAAAUGGGUUUACACUGGCUGCUCCGGACCUUGGUCUUCGGAGCUGCCACGCUCGUCAGUAGCCAUGAUGUCACGAGGGAUACCCUGACAGAUGUGCCAACUGACCUGGGCACGGGGGCUACUGCGCCGGUACGGCCAUUCCGUCUUGACCAGGUGCAGCUUAGCUUAGGCCUGCUGCAAGAGAAGCGCGACCGGAUCAAAGAAUAUCUACACGAGUACGACGAGCGGCGCUUUCUGAUUCUUUUCAACAAUCAGGCCAACCGACCCAAUCCAGCCGGCAUUUCUCCACCUGGCGGGUGGGAGGACGGUGGAUUACUCAGUGGACACUGGGCUGGUCACUUCAUGACCGCCCUGUCUCAGGCGUACGCCGAGCAUGGGGAGGAGAUUUACAAAAGUAAACUGGACUGGAUGAUUACUGAACUGUCCGCUUGUCAAGAUGCGAUUACCGCCCGGAUGGACGGUUAUGACGGCGAUGGCAACGCCACCUGGGUUCCCACGCAUCCCGGCUAUCUCGGUGCAAUCCCAGAGGAUGCCGUACUACGGCUUGGCCCGCCGCGCUGGGCAGACUGGAACUCCGACCCCAACAUUGGAAUAUGGGCACCGUGGUAUCUACAGCAUAAAAUUAUGCGGGGGCUGCUAGACGCCUAUUACAACACCAACAAUAAACAAGCUCUUGAGGUUGUUUUGAAGAUGGCUGAUUGGGCACACCUUGCACUGACUGAGGGUGACAAAAAUCACCCUGGAUAUACUGGAAAUCUGACCAGGAGCGAUCUCAAUUACAUGUGGGACCUCUUCAUCGGGGGUGAGUACGGCUCGUCCAACGAGAUAUUCCCCGAACUCUAUCAGAUAACCGGCGAUGCCAAACAUAUGGAAACCGCCAAGGCCUUCGACAACCGAGAGUCCCUCUUCGACGCGGCUGUGGACGACCAGGACAUACUAGUUGUUACGUCAGCAAAUAGACCAGGCCGUCGUAGGCCAGACCGCCUGCAUGCCAACAUGCAUGUCCCCCAAUUCCUCGGCUACCUGAGGAUCUUUGAGCAGAGUGGCGAGCAGGACUACUUCACCGCGGCCAAAAACUUCUACGGCUGGCUUGUACCACACCGAGAGUUUGCCAGUGGCGGUGUCGGUGGUAACUAUCCAGGCUCCAACAAUAACCUCGAGCUAUUUCAGAACCGGGACAACAUCGCCAAUGCAGAGGCUGGCGCGGAGACGUGCACAACAUACAAUAUGCUCAAGCUAGCCCGAAAUCUAUUCCUACACGAGCAUAAUGCGACGUACAUGGAUAACUAUGAACGCGGCCUGUUUAACAUGAUUACAGGUUCACGCGCGGACACAAACAACGCCACUGAUCCACAGCUUACCUACUUCCAGCCCUUGACUCCGGGCUCUCAUCGGGACUAUGGCAAUACUGGUACUUGCUGUGGCGGUACCGGGAUGGAGAGCCAUACCAAGUACCAGGAGACUAUUUACUUGCGAUCGGCAGAUGGGUCUGCACUCUGGGUUAACUUGUAUGUUCCAUCUACGGUGACCUGGGAGGAGAAGGGCUUUACUGUUAAGCAGGAGACGAACUUCCCACGCGGGGAUACUGCCAAAUUCACCGUCACAGGCGAAGGCCCCUUGGACAUUAAACUACGAGUGCCUGCUUGGGCUCUCAAGGGUUACCAAGUCACCGUUAAUGGUGAAAACGCUCAACUCGAAAAGGAGGCACAACCGGGGACGUACCUAACCCUGAGCCGAACCUGGAAGACGGGCGACAUAGUUGAAGUGAAGAUGCCGUUUAGCAUUCGCAUAGAGCGCGCACUAGACCGCCCCGACACCCAGGCGUUCAUGUGGGGACCACUGUUGCUGCAGAUCCUCGGCACCGGGAGCUACCGGGAGCUUUCGCUUUACCAAUACCUCAAGCGGGAUGGCGAUUACUCCCAGGAGGCGAUCAAGCAUACCGGAACCACGGGUAACGGCGACCUCCUCUGGACCAUCGCCAACAAUAGCAGCUUGACUGCUCGUCCAUACCAUAUCGCCGACACCCAGGCAGUCUCGACGUACUUCCGACGCGUGGAGCCGGACGUAGUUUUCGGAACGAUCAACACAGGUGUGCCGAAUCUCAAACGCAACGACGGUCUACCUAACUACGACGUGCCGGUGUCGGGGAUAACGUCUCCAGGAACAGAUGGGCCGACGUUCUUAGACCUGGUUUGGGACAAUGCGCCGUUCGCUACACAUGCCGACUUCGUUGAGACGGUCACUUCGGUCGCGGACGCAUUCGUCGCUGCUGGCGUGUACACUGCCGACCAGAAGGAUGUGAUUGUGGCCGAAGCUGGUAAGGCGGAGCAAGAACUGGCUCCAGUUUCAGUUUAGGUGUUUGAAUAAUUAUUUGCUUGUCUAUCUAGGUACCUAGGUAGUUAUCAAUUCUAUAUGUCUGAGUUCCUCUCGUA